CUUAUAUGUAACCAUAGAAACAUAUGAGUGGGACAAGUUCAGACACGUUCAAGAUAUCGAUGAUACGCAAACUGUAGUCAAUUUUAAGAGAGUUACCUUUUACAAGUAAACUGAUUAACGGCAAGACUCCUAUUUUGUUUGAUAGUGAAACUGUAAUUUUUGGUUGGAACGUAAAAAUACACGGCAGUUUUAACGUUGUAUUUAUUGAUGUCGGUGAAGCUUUGUUUCCCCUCUAUAUAUACACAAGAAAAAUACGUUAUCUCUAAUAAAAUAUUAUAAAUGCCAUUAGUAUUCAUAAGAAAGUUUUUUCUCUUUGGAAUUUCUCUAUUCUCGUUCAGGUGUACGACUAGAAGAAUAAUGGCAAAUCCAGAAUUUCCGAAAACAUUAGAAGGUUUUGGCUACGGAUUUAAUGAAAAUGGUAAACUUCGAAAAUUAGAUCCAGAAACAGGUGAUUUAACCAACGAACCAUUUGAAUUUAACGUUUCUGAUGAUUCAGAUUACAAUCAAAAACAUUAUGAGGCUCUAGGUGAAGUUAUCAAUCAUUAUGUGUAUGGCCUUUUGGAGAAAGAAGGAUUAAAGAGGUUGCCAGUACCAAGAAACAGUAACGAUCCUGAAGAAUUGAGGACAUUUAUCUUUGCAAGUGAUGAUUAUGUAGAAAAUGAGAAAUUAAUAGUUUUAAUUCAUGGCAGUGGCGUUGUAAGAGCUGGACAAUGGGCUAGACGUUUAAUUAUUAAUGAUAAUCUCAAUUCGGGAACACAAAUACCUUAUGUAAAGAGAGCCAGAGAAUUAGGAUAUGCAGUGAUUGUCUUGAACACUAAUGACAAUCAUAGACUAGUGAAGGGAAAGCAGAAAGAAAUUAAAGACAGCGAAGAUCCGGAGAAACAUAUGGAAACUGCUUGGAAUGACUACAUUAAAACUUCUAAUGUUAAACACAUUGCGAUUAUUGCUCACAGUUAUGGAGGUGUUUGCACCGUCGACUUUGGUAUACAGAAUCCAGAAGAAGUGAUAAACAAGGUUUUUGCUAUUGGCUUCACUGACUCGGUUCAUGCUAUGCCUUCGAAAGGAGUCGAUCACUUAAUUAAGAUUGCUAAAAAUUGGGUUUCUUCCGAAAAACCAUUAGAUACACCUGAACUUUCUCUAAGUGGAGAUAUUGUACGAGUAUCGUCAGGACAUAGUGUCCACGAAAUGACAUCGUCGUCUUGCAUGGAUUCUCUCUUCAAUUAUUUAACUGAUCAAUAUAAACAAGCGACUAGUACAAAAGAAGAAUUAUAAUUAUUCACAUAUGAUUCAUAUUAUCCACUGAUAUGUGGGUAAUACGAUUUUUAUACACUUUUAGACGAUCAAUUCUUUCUCCACUAAUUUUAAAUUAUUCGCAUAUAUUUUUUAUUGUCUUCCAUGAAACGAAUGGAAGUCUCUUAUUUCUUCCUAUUUUUUUUUAAUUUAAAAUCUUUAGAUGAUAGAUGUAAACCGAGAAUUAUUUUUCAACAAUGUCUAGAUAAAUUAGGAACGAAUUGUGUGGUUCAUUUUUUUUUAUAUAAAUAUUUGCACUCUACUUGAGUAGAUUAGUUGAAUUCUAAUGUAGCACAUUUAUAUUUUUGAAAAAUAAACUGUCACUAAUAGAUUUUAUAAA